AUGAAACUCUUGGAACCAAUGAUGUAUACAAAAGUUUUGAUGAUAAUUGUGGCGAUAUGGUUUGCGCCCAUAAUUUAUGGUCAAGAAGCCGAGGCACCGAUUGGUGAUGUAGCCGAGGCACCUGGAACUGACUCACUCGACACUGCUUGGUAUGACGCACGAGCCACAUUUUACGGUGACAUCCAUGGUGGAGAAACCCAACAGGGAGCUUGUGGAUAUGGUAAUCUAUUCAAACAAGGCUAUGGUCUAGCCACGGCCGCGUUGAGCACGGCGCUCUUCAACGACGGGUACACUUGCGGGGCUUGUUACGAGAUCAUGUGCGUGAAUGCUCCACAAUGGUGUUUGCCCGGAUCCAUCAAGAUCACAGCUACAAAUUUCUGUCCACCAAAUUACACCAAAACCCAUGACAUUUGGUGCAACCCACCACAAAAACAUUUUGAUCUCUCCCAGCCAAUGUUCCUCAAGAUCGCCCAGUACAGAGCCGGGGUUGUUCCGGUUAAAUACAGACGUAUUCCUUGUGUGAAAAGAGGUGGUGUCAGGUUCGAAACCACAGGAAACCCUUAUUUCUUGAUGAUCUUGCCGUACAACGUAGGAGGAGCUGGAGAUAUCAAGGCCGUGCAGGUUAAAGGAAACAAGACCGGAUGGAUUGCAAUGAGCAAGAACUGGGGACAGCACUGGACCACCAAUGUUGUGCUGACCGGACAACAAUUGUCAUUCAGGGUUACGACCAGUGAUGGGGUUACUAAGGAUUUCAUCAACGUGGCACCCAAGACUUGGGGAUUUGGCCAGACUUUUGAUGGAAGGAUUAACUUUUAG